AUGACUGUACGUGUUAUUAAAGCUUCCCAAGAGAUGGUACCUAAACGUAGAAGUGUUCCAGAAAUUUGUGAAGCUUGGUAUAAACAGAUCCGUGAAUUUGAAUCGAAAAUUAAUUCUAAGAUGUCGAAUGAAAUUCUCAGGGAAGAGUAUAAAAAAAUCGAACAUUAUGUCCAUACAUUACCAUGUGGAUGUGCUGAAGAAACAAAAGAUGAAAAUUUUGGUACUGCAACUAUAGUUCAUCCGAGUUUAUACGAAUUAUUAAAUUCUUUUCAACCAACUGUUAAAAUGAAUCCAUUAGAUCUUAAACGAUAUAAAAAAAUUCUUCAUAAUAUUCAAGCAAUUAAAACUUUGGUUUCAAAAUCAGUUAAUUUUGAUGAGUUAAAACCAUAUGAAAUCGUUAAAGAUUUAAAUAAAGUAGCUCGUGCAUUUCAACAAAUGGCUACUGAUCCACAACCAUCUUUACCUGAUAUAUUUUUAUGGAUGAUAUAUGACUUAAAACGAGUAGCUUAUGCACGUUUUCAACCUGAAGAUCUUCUUUUUAAUUUUUGUAAAGGUGAAAAAGGUUUAUAUAAUGGUCAUGUACGAACUGUUUUUCUCAAAACACCACGUUCAACAGAUAAACCAUUAAAUGCAUCAACCAAUGCAAAAGUACAAAUCUAUCUUUGGCUUGGAAUUGAAGAAUAUGAACCAUUGAUAUUUAAACGAUUACCUGCUGGUUUUGAUAUGCCAUCAUUACCAUUAAGCCCUCUAGUGAAAUCCAUAAGAUAUAAUGGUCGAGCUUAUUACGAAUUACGAUGUCAUUGUUAUAAAGCAAGAACAUUAAUUGCUGCGGAUGAAACAGGUUUAUCCGAUCCUUAUUUAAGUAUUACGGUUGGUAAUGAGACACAAACAACACCAGUUAUCCUAGAAUCGUUAUGUCCACAAUGGCAUAUAACAUUAGUUUUUCGAAAUUUGAUACAUGUUGGAACUCGAGAAACAGCUGAGGAAAUUAUUGGAAAUGUUGUCGUCGAAUGUUAUGAUUAUGAUGAAAAUGGUGAUCCAGAUUUAAUUGGACGUUUCUACACAACAGCUAAACUUGAUUUAUUUAACAUAAAUAAUCCAAUGCCAAAGUCCUUAUUUAAAUGGUAUGCAUUUAAACUUGGCGAAAAACAAGCUGGAGAACUUUUAGCUGUAUUUGAACUUGUUGAAGUUAAUCCAGAAACACGAGAAGCUGAAACAACAUUUGAACUGGAAGAGAUUCCAAUAACAACAGAUAAUUAUCCACCAACAAGGUAUAUUACUAAAAUUGUGAAAAAUGAAAUUUAUGCAAUUCCAUUAUUACUGAUACCUGCUUUUAAAACUUAUCAAAUUGAGAUUAUGUUUUGGGGUUUACGUGAAUGUCGUACAAUUAAUCUUCAACCUAUUCAACAAGCUGAAGUAACAAUUGAAUGUGCUGGUGCACGUAUAACAAGAACAAUAAAAAAUGUACAAAAAAAUCCAAAUUUCGAAUCAUCACCUACUGAAGCAGACAAAUAUACACUUCGUGUUAAUUUACCAGAUGACGAUAAUUUUUGGCCACAUUUAAGUAUACUUUGUGUGCAGCAUCGUCUUUUUGGAAUGAAAGAAAUUAUUGGCAAUCUAGUUGUAACUAAUCUACAAAAAUAUCUUGAGAAACCUACUCAUCUUUCAACAUCAAGUGGUCAAGCUAUAGCUGAUGCUGUGAAUGAAUUAUCAAAAAGAAUUCCAUUCAACUUUAAUCGCGUUCGAAAAUCGGUUAUUGAUGCAUAUGAAGCUGCUCUAACAGCACAGGGCGAUAGUUUAGCAAGAACAAAAUUAGUUGAGUUUGACAGCAAUGCAGAUCGUGGUAGACACGAUAGUGAUAGUCAAGCACCAAUUAUCCAUGCUGACUCAUUGGAACAAGGAAAAACAGAAGGUGAUGAAUCUGGUGGAAAAUUAGAUGCAGAAAAACAUGGGUUAAAAGAAUCUAAUUCGACAGCUGAAUCAUCUAAUGAUAGAACACAUGAAAAUGAACCUUUAACAACAUUAGAAAAAACAAAAAGAAAUGAUAUGGAAAAAGCAGCUGGAUGGUGGCAUAAAUAUUAUGCAUCAAAAGCAAACCUAAAAUUAAUUAAACGAUGCGCUAUAGAUAUGGAUGAAGGUUUACCAGAUAGUUGUGAUGCUUAUGCCGAGUUUUUUGAAGAUGAAGCAGCAUUUGUUUCCAGAAAGCGUUGGAAUUUGUGGAAUCGAGCUAAAAAAAUAUUUCUACAUGUUGGAAAAGCUCAGAAAACAUUACGAACUUUAGCUGCUGAACGAAUGGCACGAUUGGAAAAUUCUGAAAAAUCGAAAUCAGCUUUUGAUGAAAAUUUGGAUUUUAUUGAAACUGAGCGUCUUAAAGAAUUAACAUUAUUACAAACAUUUGAUAUAAUUGAAACAGAAUUAGAAAAUGUUCAUGACUAUGAAGGUUUUAAUGAUUGCCUUGAUUCAUUUCCUAUAUACAAAGGUAAAGGUUCAAGUCGAUCAGAUGAAGUCACUGAUGAAAAACGUAUCUAUACGAAGUUUAAGGGUAAAUUCCGUAUUCAAGAAAUUCCAAUGAACAGAACAAAUAGUAUCCAUCGAAUGUCUAUUAAUCCAGCUCUUUUAUAUCCUGAAAUGAAGCCAUUCUUGCAAUCAAAAAAUGAUUCAAAUAUGUCAACAAAUCAACUAAUGCUUCAACUAGAUUUUAAUAAAAAUCCCAUAACACUAAAAUGUCGAUUGUAUAUAAUAAAAGCUCUAUUAUAUCGUGGUUCGGAUCGAUCAGGCAAAGCAGAUCCAUUUAUAAAAAUUGCAUUAAACAAUGAGACUAUAAUUGAUGAUGUUAAUGGAAAACUUCAAAAUACAUUGGAACCUACUUUUGGCAAAUCAUUUGAAUUUGAUGUUCAAUUACCUAUUCGAUCCUUACUAGGUAUACAAAUAUGGGAUUGGGAUAUGACAAGUUCCAAUGAUAUAAUUGCUGAAACAAAAAUUGAUAUUGAAAAUCGUUGGCUUUCAUGUCAUAGAGCAACUUGUGGUUUAGCAAAACGAUAUGACAGUGCGGGUUAUAAUACUUGGCGCGAUACAAAAAAACCAGCAAUAAUUUUAACUGAAUUAUGCCGAACAACAAAUAUUAAUGUACCAAUUUAUGCGGAAAAUUUUCGUUCAGUAUCAGUCGGUAAUGAAACUUUCGAAUGUGAUCCUGCAUGUGUUGAAUUUAUAACAAAUACAAAAUCGCCCACGGAUACAUUACAUCGAAAAGCUCAUCAUGAAUCACCUGAAGAAUAUAUACGACAAAAUACCGCAUUAGCUGCUCUACAUGCAUGGAGAAGAAAAAUUAAUCCGAAAUGUGCUUUGGUUGCUGAACACAUUGAAUGUCGAUCACUUUUUAAUCCAGAGUUUCCUGAAAUUGAACAAGGAAAAUUAGAAAUGUGGUUAGAUUUUUUUCCAAUGUCACGACCACCUUCAAGUGCUAUGACUGAUAUAACACCACCUAAACCCACUUCUUAUCAAUUACGUGUAACUAUCUGGAAUACAACUGAUGUAGAAUUAAAUGAUGAAAAUUUUCUUACGGGAGAGAAAACUUCAGAUAUUUAUGUUAAAGCAUGGAUUGUAGGAGAAGCCGUCGAUGCACAACAAACAGAUAUUCAUUAUCGAUCAUUAACAGGGGAAGGAAAUUUUAAUUGGCGAUUCGUAUUCGAUUUUAACUAUUUAGAUAUAGAAGAAAAAGUUGUUUUUGAAGCAAAAGAUUCCGUAUUUCAAGUUGGUAAUACAACAAAAAAGAUUCCACCAAGAAUUAUUAUUCGUGUUUACGAUGCAGAUUUUUUUUCAGCUGAUGAUUUUCUUGGUGAAUGUAUUUUUAAUCUGACACAUAUACCAAUUGGUGCUCAAGUAUCAAAAAAAUGUAAAGCUAAUAUUCUGCUUAAUCCAAAACAAAAAGCGAUUAAUUUAUUUGGCAAUAAGCGUAUUGCUGGUUGGUGGCCAAUGAUUGCUCCACUGAAAGAGGGUGAAAUUCGUGAUAAAACUUUGUUAGGAGGAAAACUUGAAGCUGAAUUGUCACUUGUUACUGCUGAAGAAGCAGAAAAAAAUCCAGUUGGAAAAGCACGUGCAGAACCACAACCACUUGAAGAGCCAAAUCGUCCAAAAACAUCAUUUCUUUGGUUUACAUCACCAUGGAAAACAUUUCGUUAUAUUGUAUGGCGUAAUUUCAAAUGGGCAAUUAUUCUUGGAAUCUUUUUAUUUAUUGGUGUUAUUUUUCUUUUACUUGCUGUUUGGACACUACCUGGUGAAAUAGUUAGCCAAGUAGCAACUAAAAUCUUUAAAAAUGGAUAA